AUGAUCAACCUGAAAGCGCAUACAAUUAUCCUACUAGUAUCUACCUGCUGCCAAGCCGGAUUUACGCCGGCCCAGCUCGCCAAGAUCCACGAACACGCGGAACCAUGCAACAAACAGCUCGGCAUUCCCGCCAAUCGACACCUGGAGGAACGUGCCGAGGACGGAGAUCCAACGCUGGAGGACGAACUGUCCAAGAAGUUUCUAUUUUGCGUGAUGCUUCGGAUGAAAAACGUCGACGAACGGGGAGAUAUACAGCGGGAGCAAUUUACCAAGUUUGUGGCCGAUGGACACGACACUGCGAAUCUUACCAAGGCAUUGGACGAGUGCAGCCCCAAAACGGGCGCUCCGGAGGAGAGAACGCUGCAUUUCUACAAGUGUUACUAUAGGCAGCAAUUUUUCAAAAUUUAA